GGAUUGUCAGAGGGGAAGAAUAUGGGCUCUUAUUACCUUACUCACAUAGUGAAACACACAACACACACUGUGGUUACACAAGUUUUAUGUGUAUACAAUCACCACGUUUCUAAGAUUACAGCGUGAAAAUCAUAAAUUAUGAAUGAGUUUCAAGAAAUAAACUUUAUUUCCGAGAAUAUCAUUUUCCUAAUAAAAAGUUUACAAAGUGUUAAAAUAAAAAAUGUCUGGAAUCCAAGAAGACUUUCCCAAUUUCACAGCCGAACCUAAAAAUGUUGAUGAUAAAAAGGUAAAUUACGAAAAUGUUGCAAUUAUUUUAAACAAUAAUCAUACAAAACCAUAUGAAGAUCAAAAUGGUAUUCCUCCAGGAAAAACUAACGUUACCGAUAUCAGUAACGUAACAACAGGCAAAGAGCUGCAGGCAGAUUUUAGUGGCAAGAAAGAAGCUUCUAUUUCUCAACAACCACGACCUAUAAAUGACGACGAAAGUUUUCGAGACAAUUCUAACGAUAGUGGCAUAGACCACAUAAACAAUAUAAAUACCUUACUAGAUGCAUUUAAUGCAAAAGAUUUGAAUGGUGUACAAAAUGUGAAAGACAAUGAACUUAAAAAUAUUGAUACUGCAGAAAUUUCUGGCAACGAAGGUCAGAACAUUAUCCAAAAUUCAGUUAAAAAUGAAGAUAUGGAUCAUGAAUUGUCUGACGAUGAAAAAUUUAAGGCAUUAGAUUUUUCUGACAGUGAUUUUCCUGAUUCUCCUGAAAUAGAAAAGUCUGAAAUGCUGAUUCAGAAACCAGUUAUUUCUGAAAACCCAUUAAGUGAUAGCGAACAAGAGAAUAGUUCAGAUUCUGAAAAGUUUACUCCAUUUGUGUUACGUAAGAAGAGAACAAAGCCAAUAUCAAGAGUAACAGUUGAUCUCAAUACAUUACCUACAAGGAUUUCAACACGAUAUAGAAAACCACAUAUUGAGAAUGUUACUGCAAAAAUUUUGAAACCAACCUACUUGACAGAGCAGGAGCCUCUGAUUAAUAAAGAUAUUCUUAGUGAAAACAUUAGGCGUCUUAAAGUUUAUAACGAAUUGAAAGCUACAAAAGGUUCUAUAGGGAAUGAAGUUGUUUUAAAAAAGACAAACGAAAAUAUUUCGCUACAUAAAACAGGCAACGGAAACAAUAAAACAGUCUCAAAGGCUAAUUCAGGAACCAAAAUGCCCAUGGGAAACAUUGAUGCCUCCGAUAAACACCAACAACAAAAUAAGACUGAAAUAGAAAACCCGAAUUCUAAGUUAGCCACCACUAAUGUUACCAAGAUAACUAGAUCUAAUAGUAAAACUAGUACACUUAAACCUUUUGAACUUGCUUGCACCAGGUUUCAGCUGGAAAUAAAUGCAUCGAUUAAUAAAAAUCGCAGUGUUUACAAAACUCCAGAGAAGGAAAGGUCGAGGUCACCAGAACUUGUAAGUGAACUGAAAAUACCUCAUGACUCUUGGAAACGGGUAUUAAAACCAUCUGAAACAUCGACACUAGCGUCAAACUCGUAUAUAUCCGAAGCUACACGGGAUGGACGAAAAGAUACUACAGACAGACGGAAGGUGUUAGAGGACACUUCAAAAAAAGAUUCAACUGAUUCUAAUUCAGUAGUCACAAGGAGUAGGCUAAAAGAUUCCCAUGUACAAGUAUCAACAUCAUCCGAUCCUGCAGCUACGCCUCGUAGAGCACAAACCUUGAAUACUCCAAAAAAGUCUCCGACGCAACUAUCAAAACCAAGUACCGCUAUACUUACACGCAAUAGGGCACACCAAUCUGUAACGACAAUUAGUAGACCACAAGAGCCUCCGAAGCAAGCGUCAAAAUCAUCUGUUUUAGAGCCUCUGACACAAGAUGCAAUUUAUCCUAAAAUAGUACUUUCACGUUUAGAUGACCAUCAGAAACCAGGAUCAGCGUUAUCCGUUUCUGUAGUAACUCGAAGUAGACAAAAAGACUCCCUUAAAGAAGUAUCAACACCGCCUGGAGCCGUAGUCACACAAGUUAAGCCAUCAGGUUCUCCGAAACAAAAAUCAACAUUUUCUAAUUCUGUAACCACACGAAGUAAAUCCCAAGAGCCAAUAAAAAAAAUACCUAAUCCUCAGAAGACUGUCGUCCCAAGUAGAUUACAAAAGACUUCGGUCAGACGAAGUCAACAACAAAAAUCUCGGAUAACGGCAUCAAAAUCAACUAAUACUACAGUAAUACAGAGGACACAACAAGAAUCUAAGUCACCAAAAGUCACACAGAUGAAACCGCAAAACAUUGUCGUCGUCUCACCAAAAACUGUUACACGUAGUAGACUAGAAAAGACCGUAGACACACAAAUAAGACCACAUAAUAAUGCAGUUAUCACACAAAGAAGACCACACACUAAUGCAGUUGUCACACAAAGAAGACCACAAAAGACGCAAGACAAACACGAAUCUGUAGUAACACGAGUAACAAGAGAAUCAAAACCGCAAGUCAUAAGUAGUGGAUUACAAACUCCGAAAGACACACGAAGAAAAACACAAAAGGCUGUGAUCACACAAAAUGAAUCACAACAGCUGCCACCGAUCAAAACAUCUAAUUUACUUAAAGUCGAGAGCAUUAAAAGUCAGAGCAAGAAAAUAAUAAACAACAGUGUAAUGGAAGCUUCGAAGACUAAUCUGCGGUCCAGAUCGUGCAGGCAGACCGCGGUGUCCAAUAUUAUAGACAGCGCAAGGUCGCGAAGUUCGCAUAGAUUGAAGAGGUGCCUGCAAUGCAGUGAUGCUUCCAGUUCCAAACGCACGAGGCUGGCAACAAAAACAACGCCUCGCUGUGGGUGACCAGAAAACAUCAAGAAAAACAUGGGUGAAAAUUUUGGUGAGCUGUUUUCUUGGGUC